ACCACCUCGGGGUGAGGACAGACAUUAGAAAAUCGUCACAUGAGAUUUCCCGGAACACUUAACUUCUCCGGUUGUCUUACUGAACGUUUGCAACGUGCACCUCGACGAGCUACGCGGGGGACGAAAGCUUCCCACUUGAUGUUGAAGCACUCUUGGUGCCGAUGAGAUGAGAUGUUGUCUCCAAGCGCCUCCUUCGUGCAAAUCACGUUCAAUGACAUCCACUUCUACGAGAACUGUGGCGGCGGCAGCUUCGGGAGUGUGUACCGAGCCAGGUGGAUCUCCCAGGAUAAAGAGGUGGCAGUGAAGAAACUGCUCAAGAUUGAAAACGAGGCUGAAAUCCUCAGCGUCCUCAGCCACCGUAACAUCAUCCAGUUUUAUGGCGCGAUUGUUGAGGCUCCCAACUACGGAAUCGUCACAGAGUAUGCAAGUGGUGGAUCGUUGUAUGAUUACCUGUCCAGUGCUGAGAGUGAGGAAAUGGACAUGGGGCAGAUCAUGACAUGGGCUGCAGAGAUCGCCAGAGGAAUGCACUAUUUACAUUCAGAGGCCCCCGUUAAGGUGAUCCACAGAGACCUGAAGUCCAGGAAUGUUGUUGUGUCGGCAGACAAGUCUCUCAAGAUUUGUGAUUUUGGGGCAUCCAAGUUCCUGACCCACACAACGCACAUGUCCUUGGUGGGCACGUUUCCCUGGAUGGCUCCGGAGGUGAUCCAGAGUCUGCCUGUGUCUGAGACGUGUGACACUUUCUCCUACGGUGUGGUUCUUUGGGAAAUGCUCACCCGUGAGAUACCCUUCAAAGGUCUGGAAGGUUUACAAGUGGCCUGGCUCGUGGUGGAGAAAAACGAGAGGUUAACCAUCCCGAGUGGCUGUCCUGCCAGCUUUGCUGAGCUCAUGAGGAACUGCUGGGCAGCAGAAUCUAAAGGAAGGCCAAUGUUCAAGCAGAUCCUCUUGACUUUGGAGUCCAUGUCGAAUGACAGCCAACUUCCUCAACAGUGCAACUCUUUCCUUCACAACAAGGCUGAAUGGAGGUGUGAGAUUGAAGCUACGCUUGAGAGACUUAAGAAGCUGGAGAGAGACCUGAGUACCAAAGAGCAGGAGCUGAAGGAGCGAGAACGCCGUCUAAAGAUGUGGGAGCACAAACUCAUUGAACAGUCCAACAGCCCGCUCCUCUUACCUGUGGCUAAAAAGAUAAGCGCUAAGUCAUUCUAUCAGUCUAAGACGGAGGAAUCAAACAGUUCACAGAUGUCAUGUCAGAUCACAACCUCCAGUAACGAGGCGGUGAAUCUGCAGUCCAUGACGAAGGGCUUUGAGGACAUGUUUUCCUUGGACUUUGGCCGGCCUAUCCUGCACUCGGGCAUGCAGGUCAACAUGCAGGCCAGGCAGAACUCCUCCGUGUCGAGCUGUGUCAGAGAAGGACACAAAGUCAACAUGACUCUGGGAAUGGGACACUUCACUUGGUCUGACGACAGUGAAUAAAUGUCUCCGACGCUCUGCGUCUCCACGGCUGCAUCUAUCAAUUACUGUAAUCUCACUUGACGCUUUAUUGGUUUUGUGGAAGCAAUAUUUGGCGAUUAAUUACUUGUUAAGUCAUGAUUAUUUUGAUCAUUUCAAUAAUCAUGAGAAACACCAGAACACAUACAUUGACUUAAUAUUUCUUCUGCUUUGUUCAAGUUGUGUUCAGAAAUCACUCAAUCUAGCACAGAAAGGUAUUUCAGAAUACUUGUAGAGCUUUCCACCUAUGUAUAUUAUGGAUGUCAUUUACCGUAUGUCUAAUGUACUGGAUGUAUAGUGCCAUGCUGUGAAGAAAGAGCCACAUGAGCCAGUUGCUUAGAGAGGGCCAGGCUUUUAUGAUGAAAUGACAUUUUGCUGACAUUAAGAUUGGCCAAUUUGUUCUGGAUGUGUUGGAGUGCAGUUGUUGAGACGCAGUCUCUUACCAGGAUGAGAAACUACAUGUUUUUUUUCCUCUGACUGACCCACGGUUCAAAACAGCAGGAGAAGGAUGUGGCUGUAUGACUGUCAGCUUCGUUGCUCAUGUCACAUUUUACUUUUCAAGACAGGCUUCUUGCUUAGGCCUUAAAAGAUUUACAAACAUUAAGAAAUAGGGAAUUAUAUAUAACAACGUUUCUGCGCUAAAAGGCUUGAUUCAGAAGUCACGGAUUUUACAAAAUGUAGAUUUUAAUAGAAUCAUUUCCUUCUGUUGACACAUUUUUCAUACAGAAUCUCACCAUACGGUCUAACUGAAUAUUCGCCUCAAGACCUGCACUUUACAGUAGAGAAAAUCGUAUUAGCAUUAGUGUUCAAGUAGGUAUUAGGCUUCAUCUGGGGGAAGGACAUGCUUCCUUGAGCAUAGCACAUUAAAUUGUCCCAUUCACUUGUUAUCAUCAGUCAGUCUCAUGAGGAUGUAAUCCUCUGCAUUCCUGUGUUGUUGCUUGUUAGCAUCCUGCCGUGAGCUAAUAUUCAAACAUCGGCUGUACUCUUGUGCCUUCAAGCUCUAUACACACUAGACUAGACAUAACAAUUAACACAGACUCCUACCAAUAUAUACAUUUCCCUGUGUGAAAUCCAGACACUUCAGAAACAUUCAGCCUCCACACUUGUUAAUAAUCUUCUUGAGCUUUUCACCAAAAUCAUGCAAGCAGCAGCUUCUUGAUGUGACUUAUUUUCCUGCAUCCUUCACCGUUCUGUCAAUAAAUCAGUUUCUUUCAACUCUCUGCUGAUCUGUUUCAUGAGAAUGAUGUUGUAUUGCCACUAUUAUUACCAAACCCUUUAUGAUAGAAGACAGAACAGAGCGUGACUGAUAGCAUUUUAAUAAGAUUGUAAAAUAUAUUGCUUCACUGGGCAUUCAUGUUGAGCUGUUUCUUGUGAUGUUAACUUUGUAACUCCCAGUGUUCAUGGUCUGGUUGCUCAUCAUCCACUUAGUCCACAUGGGGGCAGGAUUGUGUGAACUAAGCCAAAGUCUUUUUUUUUUUUUUUUUCCUACAGAUUCCACACACAUGUCAUAAACACAAAAACUGUGCGCCCCAUUUUGAAUUUGAGAUAGUCCUCGGAGAAAGAAUCAUGGCAGCACAUUUGUGAAAUAUAAUACGCUGCUUGAAAAGUGAUGUUAAGUCACUCCAAUGAGACUUUGGCAGCGGCAGAAUGCUUCUGAAUCUGUUUACUUCCGAACCGCAGCACUGGAGGAGGCGGAAAACGCUGCAGUGCUGAGUGGCUUUGUGAGGCGGGCGGGCUGCACUGAAAUGUAUGGCAGCGACUGUCUAUUGAGACCGGCAUUCAGCUCAUAAUCUGAGCUGUUUAUCAGAUGUCGUGGGAAGAAGACAGUGAAUGGGGGAUUACUCAUUCAUUUAGUCAUCUUUCCUCCAAUUUUCCAUUGCAUUAUUUCUGUCAUUACACACCAGUCUCGUGAUCACAAUGAUGAAAUCUUUAUUUUGGCUGGCAAGUUUCUGCCUGAUUACAUUUAAUGAGCAAUAAAUGAUUUAUCAUUCAAACAGAUCACGUUAGAUCAGUCAGAUGGACAUUUCAGUUUGAUAUAGACCAUUAGAGGCAAGUCGUCUUCAUCCCACAGCACAAUAACCGGAAAAGUAAUGGCUUCACAGACAUGGAAAACAUGUCUAUUUUCCAUUUUAAUAACAUUUACUUAAGUCUGGUGAUUUUUAUUUAAACGUCUGCCUGUCAUGAAUACACAUGUUAUACUGUCUGUAUCCAUCCAUGUUCUAUUGCUGUUACUUCUGUUUGUCUUUUGUU